UAUACGUAUAAAAUUACAUUGAAAACCUUGGAAUAGCGAGUGGCCGUACUUCAGGGUGAGUUUUGUACAGUAAACAUAUAGCUAGCAUUCCGUGCCAAGCCAAAUGGCCGGUAUAUCGAGGUGACCGUACUUCGGUGAGCCGGAAUAGCGAAAGUCUACUGUAUAUGUAAAUUAUAGCUCGAAGAGUAAACGGAGAAAGAGCUAAGCGGGGACCACAAAAGGAUGGUCGCCCUGACAUAAGCUGAAAAAGAAUUAAUGCAGUCACAUAAUUAGAAAAGGAGGAGCGACUAAUUUCAGCCAAAACCCGCUCUGCAAAUAUUAUUUUGUACGAGAGACAGUCUCGGGCCAUACUCUGAGUUUCGAGGGCGGCCUGGAAUAAAGACCACCUUCCCACUCUGUUUGUUUUUGUGGUUAGUUCCACAGCUACAGAAGAGUGAAGUAUGACAAACCUUCAGGGAGCUGUCAUCAAUGAUCAUGAAGGGAAGUCAGAUAUGAAGUCGAGGCCUACACUGCACUGAAGGAUCUGUUGAAGGAACUUGACUCCAUUGUCACCUGGCAACUGCUCAUGAUCAAUUUGGGAGGGAAAAAGUCUGAAAACGAUAAAAUAGAAAUUAAUUUCCGGUGCGAUAUUAAUCAACAAAAACAGGAGGCCUUUGACAAGUGGUUGAGGAGGAAACCUGAUGCUUGCUGGAAGGAUGUUAUUGAUGCUUUGUACGAAAUGAAAGAGGUCACUCUGGCUAGUCGUCUUUCUAGGAAGUAUGACUGGAAAGAUCCAAGGGUAUAUGUAAGCUGCAACUUCCUAAGUGCCUCUUAUAAUGCUCGCAUCACUGCCAGGAAAAUUGGUGAUAUACCCUAUCGAAGAUUUCUUCCUCCACUUGAUCAUGGACUAGAAUACUACACAGUUGAAGACGAAUCAGUACAACCAAUGAAUGAAAGAUUAGCAGCAGAAAGGACAUCUCGAUUCUCACGUAUCUUACUGAAUUAUCCACGCCCUUACAGUCUGUUCGAUUUAUUUAGCCGUAUUGAAGAAUGUAACAGUAAAGGAGACUUCAAAGUUGGACUUGAAACAAGAGUAGAAGAAGCCGAUGUUGGGCAACUGUUCAUUGGGAGAGAGCAGCUCGGGAAAGAGGUCACUAAAAUAUCUUUGACGUUCAAAGUGGAGGGUCAAGGUGAAGGGAGAUACUCGGCAGUCAUCGCUACGUAUGAAAAUGGUGACAUGUUCUAUCUGGACGCUGUGUACAGAAAACCAGCCACUGAGAAGAGAGCAAGAUUAAAUGUUGCUCUACCAGGACGGAAAUAUGCCUUGAGGAUAUCUGACUGUACUGAGUGCAUCUUGCUGGCGGAGCACCAAAACAGUAUACCCAUAUCAGAUGGCCCGAACCAUCACUGAUGCUUUAUGCAGACUUCCUAAUAGAAAACUUAAUGUCAUUCUUUGGGGCUCAUCACCAAACAAUGAGAGCUCUUGGAAAGUUGAGAUCAUUCGACAACGUGUGCAGAGGCAGUACAAAUGGAAACCAGAGAAAAAGUGGAUUUUAGCCCGGUAUGAUGUUGAUGUCUUGGACUAUUAUGACACAAAGCAAGCUGUUGUUGAUAGUGCGCCACUGAAUGAAGGAGUGGAUAUAUUGGAGUUUGACUACUCAAGAAAAGAAGUCGAGCUUUGGGCUCAGAAGAUAUUCCCAAAAAACAUUAGCAGCACCCACCCCUCAUGCACGAGACAAGUACUACUACAUGAAAGGAAUUGAGGGAGUGCGACUGCCUGGGGGGAACUCAGGGAGCCGUACAAUUGGACCACUGAGGAACUGUUGAGAGAUUUCAAAGAGUUUCUGGGAGAUGCAUUCAAGAUUGCUCACAUCCUCGAUGGGUCACCAUGCAUACUGAACUAUAAUCUCUGUCAUACAAUUUUUGGUUUAUUGAGCAAUUACUAUAAUUAUAUAGUUAUAUUUAGACUACAUUA